CCUCCACACCCCCCCCGCCCCUCGCUCCUUCGCGUCCCGCCCCGCCUCCCCUCCCCCACUCUGCGGGCAAAUCACUGCUGGAAAGAGGCGGGGGCCUGAGCGGCAGGCUCGUGUGGAGCCUUGAGGUGGGAUUGACGAGCGCUCGGACCAAUAAGAGUAAUCUAUGCCAGCAAUUAUGACAAUGUUAGCAGACCAUGCAGCUCGUCAGCUGCUUGAUUUCAGCCAAAAACUGGACAUCAACCUUUUAGACAAUGUGGUGAAUUGCUUAUACCAUGGAGAAGGAGCCCAGCAAAGAAUGGCUCAAGAAGUACUGACACAUUUAAAGGAACAUCCUGAUGCUUGGACACGCGUCGACACAAUAUUGGAGUUUUCGCAGAACAUGAACACGAAAUACUAUGGACUACAGAUUUUGGAAAAUGUGAUCAAAACAAGGUGGAAGAUCCUUCCAAGGAACCAGUGUGAAGGAAUAAAAAAAUAUGUUGUUGGCCUCAUUAUCAAGACAUCCUCUGACCCAACUUGUGUAGAGAAAGAAAAGGUGUAUAUUGGGAAGUUGAAUAUGAUUCUUGUUCAGAUACUUAAGCAAGAGUGGCCUAAGCAUUGGCCAACUUUUAUCAGUGACAUUGUUGGAGCAAGUAGAACCAGUGAAAGUCUAUGUCAAAAUAAUAUGGUGAUUCUUAAACUCUUGAGUGAAGAAGUGUUUGAUUUCUCUAGUGGACAGAUAACGCAAGUUAAAGCAAAGCAUUUAAAAGACAGCAUGUGCAAUGAGUUUUCACAAAUAUUUCAGCUUUGUCAGUUUGUGAUGGAAAAUUCCCAAAAUGCGCCUCUUGUACAUGCUACAUUAGAAACGCUGCUGAGAUUUCUGAACUGGAUUCCACUGGGAUACAUCUUUGAGACUAAGUUAAUCAGCACAUUAAUUUACAAGUUCCUGAAUGUUCCAAUGUUCCGAAAUGUGUCUCUAAAGUGCCUCACUGAGAUUGCUGGUGUGAGUGUAAGCCAAUAUGAGGAACAAUUUGAAACUCUGUUUACACUUACAAUGAUGCAGCUAAAACAGAUGCUUCCUUUAAAUACUAAUAUCCGACUUGCAUACUCGAGUGGGAAAGAUGAUGAACAGAACUUUAUUCAAAAUCUCAGUCUAUUUCUCUGCACCUUUCUAAAAGAGCAUGGUCAACUUCUAGAAAAACGACUGAAUCUCAGGGAAGCACUCAUGGAGGCUCUUCAUUAUAUGUUGUUGGUGUCUGAAGUGGAAGAAACUGAAAUUUUUAAAAUCUGCCUUGAGUACUGGAAUCAUUUGGCAGCUGAGCUCUACAGAGAGAGUCCAUUUUCUACAUCUGCUUCUCCAUUGUUAUCUGGAAGUCAGCACUUUGAUAUUCCUCCUAGGAGACAGCUGUACUUGACUGUGUUAUCAAAGGUCCGUUUAUUGAUGGUUAGUCGCAUGGCUAAGCCAGAGGAGGUACUGGUUGUAGAAAAUGAUCAGGGAGAAGUUGUAAGAGAGUUCAUGAAGGAUACUGAUUCCAUAAAUUUGUAUAAGAAUAUGAGAGAAACAUUAGUUUAUCUUACUCAUCUGGAUUAUGUAGAUACAGAAAUAAUAAUGACUAAGAAACUUCAAAAUCAAGUGAAUGGUACAGAGUGGUCAUGGAAAAAUUUGAAUACAUUGUGUUGGGCAAUAGGCUCCAUCAGUGGCGCAAUGCAUGAAGAGGAUGAGAAGCGGUUUCUUGUUACUGUUAUCAAGGAUCUUUUAGGAUUAUGUGAGCAGAAAAGAGGUAAAGAUAAUAAAGCUAUUAUUGCAUCGAAUAUCAUGUACAUAGUAGGUCAAUACCCAAGAUUUUUGAGAGCACAUUGGAAAUUUUUGAAGACAGUAGUAAACAAGCUAUUUGAAUUCAUGCAUGAGACCCAUGAUGGAGUCCAGGACAUGGCUUGUGACACAUUUAUUAAAAUAGCUCAAAAAUGCCGUAGGCAUUUUGUUCAAGUUCAAGUUGGAGAAGUGAUGCCAUUUAUUGACGAGAUUUUAAACAACAUAAAUACUAUAAUUUGUGAUCUUCAGCCUCAGCAGGUUCAUACCUUUUAUGAAGCUGUGGGGUACAUGAUUGGUGCACAGACAGACCAGACAGUUCAAGAGCAUUUGAUAGAAAAAUACAUGCUACUCCCUAAUCAAGUGUGGGACAGUAUAAUUCAGCAGGCAACCAAAAAUGUGGAUAUAUUGAAAGAUCCUGAAACUGUCAAGCAGCUGGGUAGCAUAUUAAAAACAAAUGUGAGAGCCUGCAAAGCUGUUGGUCAUCCCUUUGUUAUUCAGCUUGGGAGAAUUUAUUUAGACAUGCUUAAUGUAUAUAAGUGCCUCAGUGAAAAUAUUUCUGCAGCUAUUCAAGCUAAUGGUGAAAUGGUUACAAAGCAACCAUUGAUUAGAAGUAUGCGGACGGUAAAAAGGGAAACUUUAAAGUUAAUUUCUGGAUGGGUGAGCCGUUCCAAUGAUCCUCAGAUGGUAGCUGAAAACUUUGUUCCUCCUUUGUUGGAUGCAGUUCUUAUUGAUUACCAGAGAAAUGUUCCAGCUGCUAGAGAACCAGAAGUGCUUAGUACUAUGGCCAUUAUUGUCAACAAAUUAGGUGGACAUAUAACAGCUGAAAUACCUCAAAUAUUUGAUGCAGUUUUUGAGUGCACAUUGAAUAUGAUAAAUAAGGAUUUUGAAGAGUAUCCAGAACACAGAACAAACUUUUUCUUACUACUUCAAGCUGUCAAUUCUCACUGUUUCCCAGCAUUCCUAGCUAUUCCACCUGCACAGUUCAAGCUUGUUUUGGAUUCUAUUAUUUGGGCUUUUAAACAUACUAUGAGGAAUGUUGCAGAUACAGGAUUACAGAUACUUUUUACACUAUUACAAAAUGUUGCACAAGAGGAAGCUGCAGCACAGAGUUUUUAUCAAACUUAUUUUUGUGACAUUCUUCAGCAUAUCUUCUCGGUUGUGACCGACACCUCACAUACUGCAGGUCUAACAAUGCAUGCAUCAAUUCUUGCAUAUAUGUUUAAUUUGGUUGAAGAAGGAAAAAUAAGUACACCACUAAAUCCUGGAAAUCCAGUUAACAACCAAAUGUUCAUUCAAGACUAUGUGGCUAAUCUCCUUAAGUCUGCAUUCCCUCAUCUACAAGAUGCUCAAGUAAAGCUCUUUGUAACAGGACUUUUCAGCUUAAAUCAGGAUAUUCCUGCUUUCAAAGAACACCUAAGGGAUUUCUUAGUUCAAAUAAAGGAGUUUGCAGGUGAAGAUACAUCGGAUCUAUUUUUGGAAGAAAGAGAAACAGCCCUUCGACAGAGGUCAUGCUCUGAUCCGUGGCCAGAGUUUUGGCAGGGAACCAUGUUAGUCCGAGAAUGGUUACUGCUACCAGAGACCAGGCGGACGUCCUUGGCAUAUGCUGCUGCUGGAGGCCAAGUGGAUGUUCGGAGUCCAUGCUGUUGCCAGAAACUCUGUGAGCCUAGGAUUGGAGAUGCCGCUGACAGUGAAGGCACAGAAGCUAAGCUUAAAGAGUUAUUAAUGACUGCAGACCCACAGUUGAGAAAGCAGAAUAUAAAAGGUUUCUGA